AUGUUUAGUCCUAUCCGAAGGAUAACGGAGACUCUUACGCCGAAAAAGAUCGCCUUAGGAACGGCCCUAGUUCUCGCUAGCGUCGGUGGGACAUAUGGCUGGAGAGUACGCGAUCGUCUCAGCCAAACAAAUCCAAGGGACAUUCAAUCAAGUCUGAACGUAUCGGAGUCAUUGAAGGACUCGAAAACUGUUCGAAGCCUUGUAAAUCCACGAAGCCAUGCUAGCAAGGGAGAUUCUCACUCUAUUAUCUUAUCAAUGCGCUCGAGAGAAAAUGUGCCGUCAGAGAAGGCUCUGUUGUCUGCAUUCGUGACUGGUUUUUUUUCAGGGCCAAUCUUUCAACCAGAAAGUAUAGCCCUUUCUCUGUUUAGUUUAUCGAAACUCCCUCCUACAUCCAGUAUUCUGUGGGGAACAUUCCAAGUUGCCGACAUUGAACUGUCAGAUAGCUGCACCAGCAAACCGACAGGAAGUAGGGCUGAUAUUGUCUUUGGUGACAGCCAGGGGGGUUUCGCUGGUUGCCAUCGAUUUUCUGUCAAGCGGUUGGACACAAGUGAAGACAUUCAAAGAGGGGAGAUUAAAUUUCGUCUUAGUCUAGAGUGCUUGGUCUGCGAUCCGACAUCAAGUAAACCAAAGGAGUCUAAGUUCUUACACAAGGUACAUAACAACUACUCACAUUUGCUGUUUAGAGACGCUGUGGCACAUACAAAAUCGAGAUUUAAAAGCUUAGUUUAG